AUGCGAUUCAAUCACCUCUCCCUCUUUUUAGCUGUGUUAGCAUCUGUGGUAACCGCCGCUAGCCCCUCCCAAAAAGGAAACCCCCCGCUGGCACCCCUCAAUACAAAUACUGGAGAUUCCGAUGACUCAGGCAGUAUUGGAAAUUCUUCCCCAGCUAGUAGUCUCAAUAGUGAUGCGGAUGUUAUCAAGUAUUACAAAACACUUUCAAAGGAGCAAAAGGCAAUUGCGCUUAGCGCGAUGAAGAAAUCACUUAAAAAGCCGAACAGGGAGCCAAGUAAUAUUAAAAACAUGGACGCCGUACAUCAAAUCAUUAAAGAAGGAGGUGGCGUACCGGAGUCUGAGCCAGGGCAAGUUCAAAAGACUUCUGACAAAGAUAAAGGUGCAGGCGUUUCUCCACAAAGUGGCAAGAAAGAUGGAAGUGUUUCUCCAAAGAGCAACAAGAAAGAUGGAAACGUUUCUCCACAAGAUGGUAAGAAAGGUGCAGGUGGAUCUUCAAAGGGUGACAAGGAAGAUUGA